AUGGAUCGACCAUCGACGAAGGACGGCAAAGAUGACGUCUCCGUUGUCGUGGAGCCUAACCGAAACCGAGCCAAGCAGUCUCUACGUAGAAGGAUUGCAGGUAUUGUUUGGGAUAGCUUGGACAAGACACUAGAGGAAAGGCGUUUCAUAGCAAAGAUCGACUGGUGGAUUUUAUCCUACUGCUGUGUUGCGUACUUUGUCAAAUACCUCGAUCAGACUAACGUCAGUAACGCAUAUGUCUCCGGCAUGAAGGAAGAUUUACAUCUCAGCGGAAACGAUCUCAAUUAUCUAACCACGUUUUUCAACAUCGGCUACAUUAUCGGCCAGGUGCCCUCACAACUGAUUCUCACUCGCAUUCGGCCGUCCAUAUGGUUGCCCUCACUCGAACUCAUCUGGAGCUUCAUCGUCAUGGGAAUGGCCGGAGCAAAGAAUGUGCAAACACUGUGCGCUCUCAGGUUCCUUGUAGGGCUUUUGGAAGCUUCGGCAUAUCCAGGCAUCAUGACUCUGCUGGGAAAUUGGUAUACGCCCCAAGAGCUUGGAAAGCGAGCUUGUAUCUUCCAAGCUUCUUCAGCCGUGGCGCAAAUGUUUUCUGGUUACCUCCAAGCCGGUCUGUUGGCCGGCAUGGAUCAUCGUCAUGGCGUACGAGCUUGGCAGUGGCUCUUCAUUUUUGAUGGAAUUAUUGGAAUUCCUGUUUGCCUUUACGGAUACUGGGCAAUCCCCGACCAACCAACCUCUUCUCGUGCCCGUUGGCUCAAGCCGGAAGAUCGAAGCAUGGCCAUCGGGCGCAUGGAAGCUUGCGGUCGUGAACCUAUUCGUAAACUCACUUGGCGCACCAUCAAAGACAUUGCAAAGGGUUGGCCCGUCUGGCUCUUCAGUGCCAUAUUCAUUGCUCAUGUCCUCGGCAUCCGAAUCUACGCCUACUUCAACGUCUGGUUGAAAUCCACGGGCCUAUUCACACCGGAGGAGGUCAACCUUAUCCCUACUGCCGGAUACGGUACACAGGUGUUUUUCACUUUGUCUUACGCAUGGGCGAGUGAUGCGAUCGGGUUGCGUUGGCCUCUUAUCAUAACUGCCUGCAUGGUGGCUAUGAUCGGAACGAUUAUUCUAAGCGUUUAUCCGGAAGACAAUAUACCGGCCAUGAUGGCGGCGUGGAUUCUCACCUUCCUCGAGACUGGGGCUGGGGCUCUGAUUAUCACAUGGAUCAACGAAAUAUGCUCCCACUCGGCCGAGCAUCGCGCCGUCAUCAUCGGCGUUGUGGAGACGGCAGCAUUCACAUUUCAGGCAUGGGUGCCGCUCCUGGUGUACAAUACCGGCGAUGCGCCCAAGUUCCCCAUCGGGUACGAGAUGGCCACCAUGUUUUUUGGACUGGAGAUUAUCCUCACUCUAGUCAUCCUGUGGUGUUCUAAGAAAUGGCCCGUGAGAAAGAUCCAAGGGCUCGUUGAUAGUGAGUAG